AUGGGCUUGGCACAGUUCAGUGAUGACACCAAAGUAGAAUUUCGUCUGAAUGGCUACAAGACCAAAGAAGAGGUCCUCGCCCACCUAAAACGUUUUAGACUGAGAGGCGGUGGACCACGAAAAACUGGAGCAGCGAUGGAUUACACCCGCACUAACCUGCUCACCCCAGAGGCUGGAGCUCGUCUAUACCCAGGCUUUGGACAGUACCUGGUGCUGAUGACGUCAGGGAGAUCAGAUGACAGCGUGCUUAGGCCAUCACAGACCCUCAAAGACCAGAGUAUAAAUGUGAUCACUGUUGGGGUUGAUAAUGCUGAUCCUGUGGAAAUUCAGAUCAUUGCCACAGAUCCCACCAUGUCUAAGACUGUGGGGAAAAGUAUUGGGCAGAUACCACAGGAAAUUAGGACAAUCAUUGAAGCUGAAGACACUUUCAGUGUUACUGAUGAAUGUCUCUCAGCCCCAGUGUCAGACAUCGUAUUCAUCGUGGACCAAUCCAGCAUCACAGAAAGUGAACAAUUUAAUUUUGUGCGCAACUUCCUUUACCGGAUUGUAGCUGGUCUGGAUAUCAGUUCAAACAAAGUGAGAGUGGGUGUAGUACUCUACAGUAAUACACCCAAAGCUGAAAUGUACUUGGACACUCACGAGAAUAAACAGGACAUUCUCCAUCACAUCAGGAGACUUCCAUUCAUAAAGAGAACAACAGCAAAGACAGGAGAGGCACUGAGAUUUGUAAGAAAUGAUGUGUUCACCACAAACCGAGGUAGCAGAUAUCAGAUCGGCGUUCUUCAGCUGGCUGUUGUCCUCACAGCUGGAUAUUCCACCGAUAAAGUCAGCCAGCCAGCAAUGGAGCUGCGCCAGUCAGGGGUCAAAGUCUUCGCGUUGGGAAUGAAGAAUGUCAACAUGACAGAACUGGAACAGAUUGCCUCCUUUCCACCUGUGACCUUUGUGUUCACAGUAGAAGAUCUUGCAAACCUCAACACAAUACAGAGAGAUCUAAGAACAAGCAUUUGCCUUGAAACCAAUCAAAGACAUGUGAGAUACUUUCCUGGGUUGCAAGGCGCCCCUGGAGCUCCUGGGAUUACUUCUCUCAGGACAAAAGUCAUAAAACAAGGUUGUCUGAAAACAGAAGAAGCAGAUAUUUAUUUCUUGAUUGAUGAGUCUGGGAGCAUCACGGAAAAUGAAUUUCAGAUGAUGAAAAAGUUUAUUCUUGAGUUGAUGUUCAUGUUCCAUAUUGGACCAAAGCAGGUCCGUGUAGGUCUAGUGAAAUUUUCCUCUAAGCCAAAGCUUGAGUUUAACCUCUUGGAAACCAAAGAUAGGGCCUCCCUUGAUGCAGCAGUGCAAAAGGUUUACCUGGAUGGGGGGGGCACAAAAAUAGGAUUGGCACUUGAUAGAAUGCAGUCCCUAUUUCAAGAGGCUGUCGCGAGUCGACCCAAUCCUGACAUCCCCAGGAUCUUGAUUGUAAUCACUGAUGGAGUAUCAGAGGAUAAUCCGAAACCACCCGCACAGGAACUGCGAGAACAAGGAAUCAUUAUCUACACGAUAGGAGUCAAGGAUGCCAAUAAACAACAGCUUGAACUGAUCUCUGGUGAUCCCAAGAACACUUUCACAGUCAACAAUUUUGAUGCUUUAUUCUCCAUCAAAGAUGUUAUUGUUCAAAAGAUGUGUUCCAAAGAAGCAUGCAAGGAUAUGAAAGCAGAUGUCCUCAUGCUGGUAGAAAGUUCAGCCAUCAUUUUGCCAACAGACUUUUUGAAGACGAAACUGUUCAUCGAGUCUAUUAUGGAUCAGUCUGUGAUGGGGCAGGACGCACUGCAACUGGGUGUGGUGCAGUACAGCUCACAGCCACAACUGGUGUUUCCUCUGAGCUACGACAGCAGUGAGAUGCGCGAGAAAAUUGAAGCCAUGCGUGAAUUGGGUGGUGGCACAGAGACUGGCAAAGCACUCCGUUAUGUAUCCCAGCUCUUUGAUGAGGGCCGCCUUGGUGUCCCAAAGGUCCUGAUCGUCGUGUCUGAAGGGAAGUCACAGGAUGAAGUUGCUGAUGCUGCUGACAUGCUGUGGCAUAAGGGGGUCACCAUCUACUCUAUUGGCAUAGGCAGUGCAAACAGUAAACAAAUGGCCCGACUUGUCCACGGCAUCACAGACAAUUACUUUUUUUUGAGGAAUUUUACCGAGCUAAAGUCAGUAUCAGGGAAAAUCAUGGCUGGCAUCUGUCAUGUGAAUGAAGGAUAUCAAUGUCAAAUCGAUAUGGCAGACAUAAUCUUCCUGGUAGACGGUUCACAGAGCAUCAGUGAUGAACAGUUUCAGAGUAUGCAACACCUCAUGUCAUCCCUUGUGAACAGUUCUUCCAUUGGAAAAAACCACGUGAGAAUUGGGGCCAUUGUCUACUCUACUGAACCACAAAUCCAGUUUGCCUUGAAUGAGUACGAUACCAAACAGGAGCUGAGACAGGCCAUAUCACGCUUGAAGCCUUCAGAUGGUGACACUUACACAAGCAGAGCACUGAGUUACUCUUUAAACUACUUCAGAAAUUCAAAUGGUGCCCAAAGUGACAAAUGGGUACACAAGUUUCUCAUAGUUAUCACAAAUGAAGAGGCAACAGAUGCCGGGCAACUGGAAGAAGCAUCUGCAAAGCUGCGUGACAAUGGAAUCAGUAUAUUUGGUAUUGGAGUAAAGCAGGACAAGGAUACAAAGCUACCAAAACAGCUGCUUACAAUGACCAAUAACACCAACAGGGUGUUCUAUGUGGACAGUUUCAAUGCCUUGGAGCUAUUGGACAGAAACAUUUCCCAAGACAUCUGCACAGCUGCAAAAAUUGACUGUAAUUUGGAUUUGGUAAUGCUUAUGGACGGCUCCAACAGCAUUCACCACUCAAACUUCACGCUCAUGAAGAAAUUUAUGAUGGAUGUGGUCAAUUCCUUUCGCGUUGGCCCAAGCCAUCUUCAGGUUGGCGUAGUCCAGUUCUGCUCCAAACCUGAAGACAUCCGACAAGAAUUCUACCUCAAUACUUAUACAAAUACUGAAGACAUAUUGAACAAAAUUCAUGAAAUACAGCAAAUAGACCAAGGCAAUUCAAUUGCAGCUGGUCUGAAUUUCUCCAAAGCAUCCUUUCUGCCCGAACAUGGUGGUCGAAGAGGCAAGAAAGUCCUGCUGUUAUUCACUGAUGGAGAGUCAAAGGAGGAAAAUGCCCCAGCUGUCGCUGAUGAGCUCAGAGCCAUGGGGAUAGAGAUAUUUGUCAUUGGAAUAGGCAGAAUAGAUACUGAUAAUCUAUACAAGAUAGGACACAGGGAACCAUUUAUUAUAAAUGAGUUCUCAAAACUCAAUCUGCUCCUGGCAAAACUGGUGUACAACAUGCCAUGCGGCGCGGGAGAAAGUACAGGAUGUAAUAUGGACAUUGCUGUUGGAUUUGAUAUCACCAGAAGGCCAAACCGCCCUCUCUUCAGUGGACAGCUCCAGUUAAAGCAGAAGCUGCCCAAGAUAAUCAGCAAAAUCGCGUCUCUGGAUAACAUAUGCUGCGUUCCUGAGAGCAUCAUUAAGCCAAAGUUCGCCUUCAGUGCGGAGGAUGAAGAGUUCUUGGAGUACAGCUCAGGGGUGGCCGAAAAAGUGGCCAGUUUAACAACAGACAACAACACCUUUUUCAACACACAGUUGCUGGAGUCUUUUAGGAAAGUCUUUGAAAAAUCAACGGCUGAAAUAAAGGUGCUGAUCAUUUUUUCAGAUGGGCUUGAUGAGCCAGUGGAGAAACUGGAGAGGGAAGCAGACCUUCUAAAGAGUAGUGGAGUAAGCGUACUGAUAACGGUGGCUUUGGAUGGAGUUCAUAAUGCCCAUGAGCUUCAGAUGGUUGAGUUUGGGCAAAGUUUUGGUUACAAGAAGCCCUUUUACAUCGGGAUGAAUAACAUAGACAGUGCCAUGCAGAAAGACUUGGUUUCAGUGGCGCUAAAGAAGUGCUGCAAAUUGAGUUGCGCCUGCGUUGGGCCACCAGGGCCCCCUGGUCCUGAGGGGCGGCCUGGACCGAAGGGUGAUAAAGGAUUCCCAGGAUAUCCCGGAAUCCCUGGAGAUGAGGGAAGCAGUGGAGAGAGAGGACCUCCAGGAAUGAAUGGAACAAAAGGAGGUCAGGGGUGCCAAGGGAGGAGAGGUGAAAAGGGUGGAAGAGGCUACAGUGGUGAACAAGGGAUCCAUGGAGAAGACGGGCUCGAUGGAGUCCAUGGAGAACAGGGUGAUCCUGGAAUGAAUGGCACUUCUGGAGAGAGGGGAGAUCCAGGCAAUGCGGGUUAUCCAGGUAUGAAAGGUGGCCAAGGGACUGAAGGCGAGAAAGGAUUAAGAGGAGAUCCUGGAGAGUCUGGAGAGGACAACACAAAUGUGGGUCCAAAAGGAGAACGAGGCAACCAGGGGGCACGGGGAGAAAUAGGGGAAGAUGGCUCUUCUGGAGGAGAGGGUGUACCUGGAAAUGAUGGACCUGAUGGAAGGAGAGGCCCCCUAGGGGAGAAGGGUGCAAGAGGAAAUCCAGGUGACAUUGGUGUUGAGGGAAACCCUGGACCUUCAGGACCUCAGGGAAAGAGAGGACUUGGAGGUCCUGACGGAACUGAAGGUUCUCUUGGUUUACCAGGCACUCGGGGGCCACCAGGAGUAGAGGGACCAGAGGGGUCCACCGGCCAUGCAGGGAUGAAGGGACAGAAAGGGCAGCAAGGGGACCCUGGACUCAAGGGAGCCAUUGGAUCAUUGGGGCCUAGAGGAUCCCAGGGCCUUGAUGGUAGGGAUGGGUAUGGACCACCUGGAAUUAUGGGACAGAAGGGAGAUGAAGGCUUUCCUGGUCCCCCUGGGUUGCAGGGUGAGGACGGUGUGAAGGGACGAGCUGGAGGUCCUGGCUCUAAAGGAAUCCGUGGAAGAGGGGGGAAUGCUGGAAAACCUGGUGGAAAGGGUGAUCCUGGAGACGACGGAGUGGAUGGACACAAGGGCCAUAGAGGAGCUCCAGGGAAACAGGCAGAUAUUUGCCAGCUGCUGCCUUAUAUUCGUAAUAACUGCGCGUGCUGUAAUGGUCAGAGUGACUGCCCAGUCUAUCCUACUGAGCUGGUCAUAGCCCUGGACAUGUCUCAGGAUGUGGACCAACAGGCGUUCGAAAGGAUGCGCAACACUGCCCUUGACCUGUUGGGUGGCAUCUCCAUUGCCCAGAGCAACUGCCCCAGAGGUGCACGGGUAGCAGUAGUUUCCUACAGCUCCGACACCAAGCAACUCAUCCGUUUCUCUGACUACAAAGAAAAGAGGAAGCUUUUGGAGGCAGUGAAUGGCACUGCACUUGAACUCAACUUGGGCAAGCGCAAUAUUGGUGCAGCCAUGCGAUUUGUGGCAAAGCAUGUCUUUAAGCGCACCAGACAGGGCGCCCUGAUGAGGAAGGUGGCCAUCUUCUUCUCCAACGGGGCAUCUCAGGAUGCCACGGCCAUCAACACUGCCAUGCUGGAGCUCAAAGCCCUUGACAUCCAGGCUGCUGUGAUCGCCCUCAGAAACACUCCCAAUGUCCGGCGUGCAUUUGAGGCGGAUGAAACAAGAAGCUUUAUAGUGCAAUCUCUGCAAGAGGGACAGGACCAGGAAAAGCAGCUGAGGAAGAUCCAGCGCUGUGCCAUAUGCUAUGAUUUUUGCCGAUCCCCACCCGAUCCAGAAUGCGCUGACAUCCACCUGACAAGACUGCAUUUAGACUUGGACCUUGAUCUGACUUUGCUGGUGGAUGGAUCACAGACAAUGCAAGCAGACGAGUAUGUGGCAGUAAAGGAGCUGCUGGCUUCAGUUCUAGAGCAGAUCAAAGUGAGUGACCAACCACAAAGCUCAGAUAAACAGGCGAGAGUGGCUCUGUAUCAGACCUCACCCUCUUAUAACCCAGCUCAACCGCUUGGAGGAGACACCCCAGUCCAGAAAGAGUUUGACUAUGUGUCCUACACGGACAGUGACGACAUGAAAAAACACCUCCUGGAGGACGUGCAUCAACUAGGUGGCUCAGGCGCUUUUGGACCUGCAGUGGAGUGGAUCAUCAAGAAAGGCCUCUCGGCGGCCCCGAAUCCACGCAAGAACAAGAUGGUGUUGGCUGUGGUGGGCGGCGAGACAAGCAAGUGGGACAGAGCCAAGCUUGACCAGGUCUCCGAGAUGGCGAAGUGUCAAGGUGUGGGGGUGUUCACAUUAACGACUGGACAAAGAUUCAACACACAAGUAGAGGAGCUGGCCAGUUCCCCCCUGGACCAGCACAUAAUCCACCUUGGAGAUGCAAAGCAAGGACAGCGGGAGUACGCCCAACGUUUCCUGCAAGCUUUCUUGGGUACUCUGAAAAGGGGAUUAAAUCAAUAUCGUGAGCCCCAGAUGUGUCACAGGGGAGAUGAUGAUCCUGGCACACUGGCAGCAACUGGACCAAAAAUCGAGAGUGUUCCUUUAUCUACUUACCGGAGAGAAGGGGACCACCUCAAUGACCAGAGGUCCCCUAAACACAUCUCUCCAGUCCAGAAUCUUGUGUUCAGGCCAGGUACACGUUUGGAGAAUAAAGGAAAGAGGCCAGCGGUUUGGACUCGUGGCGUGCCACACUCAUAUGGACACAGAAGAAAAGUAGACAGGAGGCCAAAAGUGUGAAAACCAGCCGACGAGCUUCUGACAUGACGACAAUCUGUUCAACCUUGGUGCAAGGUGCAAUCUGCAAUGAAGCGCCAUUUCUACUAGAUAACUAUUAAAUAUUGAAUGUUGAGAUGUUUCUAUUGCACUCAUGCUAAAUAAAUAAAUGGGAUUAAAUGAUA